AUGGCUUUCGCAAUUGGGAAAAUUGACGUUUUCGAGGGUAACGAAUCAUGGACUUGUUACAAAAAGAGACUUGAACAAUAUUUCAUAGCUAAUGAGGUUUCUAAUGAGAAAAAAGUACCUGCAUUGUUGUCACUGUGUAAAGGCAAGGGACAUAUAGUACCUGCUUGUCCCCAAAAGCAAAAGAAAGACUUCAAAGUCCACAAUGUUGAUGAAGAAUCAUCCGAUGAAAUUGAAGAUUGUCUGUAUAGUAUGGAGGUGGACGCAAAGCGGCGUGCAAGGUCUGGGCCGAUUUGGGUAAACCCUGCAAUAAAUGGCAAAGUGGUGAAGAUGGAACUAGAUACAGGGUCGGGUGUUUCAGUGAUAUCAAAGAGGGACUUUCAGAAAUUGUUCCCAAAUAAGAGACUGUUACCGACCAAGUUGGUACUGAAAACAUACAGUGGUGAGCAAAUCAAUCCUUGCGGAAUUAUGAAAUGUAAAGUAACAUUAAACGAACAAGCAGAAGUUUUAGAUCUGUAUGUGGUGGAAAACGAAAAUAGACCAUUAUUUGGAAGAGAAUGGUUGAAAGUACUGAAACUAGAUUGGUCUUCAAUUAAAACUUUGCAAGUAGAUAAUGCAGAAGUAAAAGUCAAGGCAUUAAAAGCAAAAUACAAAUCAGUCUUUAGCAAAGAUUUAGGCACAGUGAAAGGAGUCAAAGCACAUUUGAAAGUGAAAGAAAACACAACACCAAAGUUUGUGAAAGCUAGAACUGUUCCAUUUGCGAUGAAGCCCAAGAUUGAAAAGGAACUAGAGAAAUUAGUAGAUGAUGGGGUAUUGGAGAAAGUAACUCACAGCCAGUGGGCUACACCAAUAGUUCCAGUGCCAAAGCCAAAAGAUGAUAGUAUAAGAAUUUGUGGUGACUUUAAAGUUACUGUCAAUCCAGUAUUGGACAUUGAUCAUUAUCCAUUACCGCGGAUUGAAGAGAUCUUCGCAUCUUUGGGGAAGGGCAAGAAAUUUACGAAGAUUGAUUUGAAAAAUGCAUAUCUUCAGAUAGAAGUAGAUGAUGACAGCAAAGAAAUGUUAACAAUCAGUACGCACAAAGGACUUUUCCGGUACAACCGUCUUGUCUUCGGAAUCGCAUCAGCGCCUGCGCUUUUUCCAGAGAAAUAUUGA